UCUGAGAGCUGGGGAGGGAAGCUCCCCACCCCACCACAUUCCGCCUCCCCUGCCCCCGCCUCCCGGUCCUCACCCAGCAGCCCUCUCUGGUGAUAGGACGAACCCCGGGCGUGCAUUGUGUGUAUGCAAAACAUCCCUUGGCUCCUGGGGCUGCUGGAGCUGGGACCCCGCUACCACUGAGGCGGGCGCAGCGGUGUAUAGUCCCGCGGCGGGUGCUACGGUCCGCGCCUGAGCCCAGUGCUGUCAUGCUCCUGCCGCGGGGCGGGCUGCCGUUUCUCCCCGUCGCUAUAUAAGCGCUAGCAGAGGGGGCACCCGGAGGGGCUGAAAAUGAAGGUGCCCGCGCAUGGGCCGCAGCUGAUUGCCAACCCCUCCCCAGCUCGCUCCCGGCGCGGCGCCCGAGGCCGCCGAGGACCCGCCUUCGCCGCAGUAGCAGCUGGAGCAGCGACGCGGACGGCAGCUGCUGCGACGGUGGCGGUGGCGCCCCUCGCGCCAGCUCACAGAGCGGCGGCGGCGACUCCGGGGCCGCCGCUGGCCCCGCUGCCAUGAGUUGUGCGGAGGUGAUGUAUCACCCCCAGCCUUAUGGAGCGCCCCAGUAUCUGCCCAACCCCGUGGCAGCUGCAACUUGCUCUACAGCUUGCUAUCACCCGGCGCCCCAACCUGGCCAGCAGAAGUUAGCGGUAUACAGCAAGAUGCAGGACUCUCUGGAAGUCACGCUUCCCAGCAAACAAGAGGAGGAUGAGGAGGAGGAGGAUGAGGAGGAGGAGGAGGAGAAAGACCAGCCUGCCGAGAUGGAGUACCUUAACUCUCGCUGUGUCCUUUUCACUUAUUUCCAGGGAGACAUUGGGUCUGUAGUGGAUGAGCACUUCUCAAGAGCUUUGGGCCAAGCCAGCACCUUGCAUCCUGAAUCUGCCAUUUCAAAAAGCAAGAUGGGGCUAACCCCCCUGUGGCGAGACAGCGCAGCUCUCUCAAGCCAGCGGAGUAAUUUUCCAACUUCCUUUUGGACCAGCUCUUAUCAGCCCCCACCUGCACCCUGUUUGGGGGGAGUUCAUCCUGACUUCCAAGUCGCUGCACCCCAUGGCACCUUUACCACUGCAGAUCCUAACUCUUGGCCAGGACAUGGUCUGCAUCAGACUGGCCCUCCCCCACCCCCUACUGCUUCUGAGUCUUGGCACUAUCCUCUGACAUCUCAGGUGAGCCCAUCCUACAGCCACAUGCAUGACAUGUACCUGCGGCAUCACCACCCUCACGCCCACAUGCACCAUCGCCAUCAUCACCAUCACCACCCAACUGCUGGUUCUGCCCUGGAUCCUGCAUAUGGGCCCCUGCUAAUGCCGUCAGUGCGUGCUGCCAGGAUUCCUGCUCCACAGUGUGACAUCACAAAGACAGAUCCGACUACAGUCACCACUGCUACCUCAGCAUGGGCCGGAGCCUUUCAUGGGACAGUGGACAUCGUGCCAAGUGUGGGCUUUGAUACAGGUCUCCAGCAUCAGGACAAGAACAAAGAAUCAGCUUGGUACUGAAGCAUGGUAUUAGCAGGUCAUUUGACAGCCUGGAUGCAAGUACCCACUGGGAAAAAAUGCCAUUGGGAUAUCAAAUCCAGCAAUAGGACACAGGAAGAUGGAUGGAGAAGAGGACAUAUAAGGCUAUUGUCUUUAGAGUUGAACCUUUUUCUGGAGAAAACAGAUUGGGGCUUAGUCAUUGAAGAAAAGUAUUUUGUUUGUUUUCUCUCAUCUGAGCCUUUGUCAACUGUGCAACGUUUAGUUUUACUUGCCUUUUACCAGUAGCAUUCAUAAAUGUGGGUUUGUUUUUGUUUGUUUCUUCUUCCAUUUUCUUUUUGAACCAGCUACCUUGUCAGGAGAAGAUGAGCCAACCAAUGAAAAUAUUCGUUUCUUCAGGAAAACCAUUUUGUAGCUCUAUCUUCAUCUAUUGUUUGUAGAAAUGCACAAUAUUUGGCUUAGUGCAGAGGGGAUAUUUUUGAGGGAUGUAAUU